AUGUCCUCCAAGGACCAAGACGUCGAGGCCCAAGCCGAUGAGAGACCGCAAGACAGGGAAAAGGUCCGCCGCUCAAAAUCCGAACGAAAGGAACGCAGCCAUCGCGACCGAGACCACGAUCGAGAAAGGGAUAAGGACCCUGAACGUCGCCGACAUCGCACAUCUCGGCUCUCUAAGAGCAAGCUCGGCAGUGAACUUAGCGACAACCUCUCCCAUACAUCUAGUCGCCGCCACCGCCAUCGCAAGGAUAGAGACAGUGAUGAGCAUCAUCGCCGUCACCACCGCACUGCUUCGACCAGCGACCUAGGCAGUUCAGAUAUCAGAACGUCGACAGCUGCCACUUCCAUUCUUUCUGACCGUAUCAACAUGCCUUACCCAUCUUUCAGUAAGGCACACAGCAAAGAGGCCAUCGUUAGUCGCGAUUCCCUAUCACUUAAACCUCCUACUCGUGAACCGCCAGAGCCUCCUACCGCCGAGGAACUCAAGGCCCGCAGGGAUUCUGGCAAUGCCAAUCCGAAUGCGCCACCCAGUCCUCCCCCAACCGACUUGGACGCGGACAAGACUGCUGUGAACGAGGAAACGCCAAAUGAACCAGUUGACGAGGAAUCCACGAAAGAGGAUUCAUUCGACGAAGAGACGUUAAAUGCAGAUCUGUCUAGGGAAGACAUCCCAACGAUUCAGACCCCGACAGAGGAGCCUUCAGCAUCCGAGGCUGGCCUGAAAAAGUCAAAGUCAAGACUAUCUCACUCUCGAUCAGCAUCACGAAACGAGGAGCGCUCCCGUGUUAGUCGCCGAUCAGGGUCCUCGAGUCAAGCUACUUAUGUCAAAUCCUCGCAUCGUUCGGCUGAAAAGAUCCGACGCUCUGAUUCACGGGCCUCUAGUUCUUCUCAUCGCUCAGUCCAUCGAACAUCUUCUACUCGAAGCCACAGAAAGUAUGAUGCAGACGGACCAUCCUCUCCUUCAAGUGCUCAGGAUUCAUCUCCCAGAACACCUACCCAAGCUCCCUUCCCUCACGGGUAUCCUGACACCAAGCGUGAGACCCCCUCUGUUAUCGACGUUGAAGAUGUCGACUCAAACUUGCAUUCCAAAACGGCGACGCCUGCGUCUGCCUUUGGCAUUGCUCCUCCACCCCCGCCUCCACCACCGGCGCUUGAUGUCCACGACAUGCCUCGAGUCGACUACCUUCUUCAAAACGGCGGCCUUGCAUACACGGCCCCCAAGAACUUCCUCUCUGUACUGCCCCGUCAAAACGGCACACGACCUUCAAAUCCUCCCCUGGUCGGUACAGACACUCUCUUUGCUCCGUUUCACAACCUACUGGAUCAGUACAACACUGUCCUCAACAAGCAGGGAUCAAUUGCUGUCGCUACUGGGCACCGUUCAGUCGCUCGUAGACUGCUGGACCGUCUCGAGAAUGUAUUCUCCCGCGACCUCCCACCUUAUGGUUGCACAUGUGUCAUGUGUGACAACCCUCACGAAAUACAUGAUGGUCUCAACUGGGGCGAUGUUCUGGAGUGGGUAAGCGGCCGCAUUGAACUCCCACAGUGGCCUCCUUUUGAUCUGGCCGAGGUUGGCACCAAGGCCGCUGAAAUUUCUGGCGACGUGCCCCCUCGACCUGCGUCACCGGUCCAGCUGGAUCCGGAUAUUGCGGAAGAAUUUAGGGAGCACUACCUUCGCCAGUCGAAGAAGGUCCGGACUGCUGUCGAUCGAUGGUUGUCUAACACUGGAGAAACCCCAGUACCACCCCCUCAGGAUGUUGACGAUGAGACCUUGUCUUUCGCCAUUCUGACAAACCUUGAUCCUGAGGACCGCCCUUACUUUAACGCCAUCAUGACCGGAUCCAAGGAGUUGAAGUCAUCUGUUCGCGCCCCCACACCAGGACACCGGCCUCGAACGGAUUUCCUCAUCAAGACUGGCCUUGCAUUGCAACGACUAUACCGAUUGCAACAAGUUCCUCGGGAUGCCGAAUCGGCGACAUACUUGGUCAAGAACCCACACACUCACGAUCUUUUGGUUGCACUUUCCAACAUCAACAAUUCUGAGUGGGAGAUUCUCGUCUCUGGACGCUUCGAUGGCUUCCUUUGGUCUGGAGCAGACGAUGAGCCACACACACCGCAUUCUGAAUCUCGUGGACCUACGCCAGCCAGCUCCUACUACAACACCCGAACGAUGAGCCCCGGACCUCGAGCUUCCUCUUCGUUCAGCUCGAGAAACACAACUCCCUUCUCAGUCUACUCGCGAGGCACAACGCCAGCCUCGUUCGUAAGUGUCAACACAACUGGCAUGCCCGGAAGCCGACAGGCUGUUUCCAACGACGAAGAAAUGGAGAUGGCGGCGAUUGCAGAGAUCGAAAGGGAGAUUUACAAGGGUAUGGAGACUUUGGAGGAUGCCUUUGAAAAACUACACAAGAAGGCUGAGGUCGUCCGGAACGCACUACGUCAACGUGGAGCCGGUUUGAUGCAGAACCUGCAGAACCGCCGUCGUAUUGAUGUGCUUUCAGGCCCCAACUCUGGCAACUCGCAGUCUUCAGGCUACGAGCGACCGGCUUGGGCUGGAGACGACGAUCGCGAACCCGGCAGUGAUGAUGACUGGGCUUUAGACGAUAUCGAUAUUAUGCCUGAUGAUUCGGCCAGCAACAUUAGCAGUUCUCGCCACAGACGACCUAAGAGGCGUACAGAGCGACGAACCCCUGCCCCGAUCAACGAAGAAGACGAGGAUUAA